AUGUCUAUCACGUUAGCUAAGGGUAUUAAGUUACAGAACGACAAGACAUGGUCAUUGGAUUACAAACGUACUCCAUCCGCCAACCUGCUGGCUGUGGCCUCCACAGAUCGUAAGAUAAAGAUUCUUAAUAUUAAACCAAACGGUACCAAAUUGGAUGAUGUUCUGGAUGGGACCGUGCAUAGGAAGGCCGUGCGAUCUGUUGCUUGGAGACCAAACACUGAUAUUAAUACUGUCACAUUGGCAGCGGGAUCAUUUGAUGCAACUGUCUCUAUUUGGACUAAAGAUAUUGUGUCUCAUGUUGAUGGUGACGACGAUGAGGAAGGAGGAGAAGAACAGGAUGAGGAAUCAGAGAUGGAUCUACUAGCAAUUAUUGAAGGUCAUGAAAAUGAGGUUAAAUGUGUUGCUUGGUCUCAGGAUGGGAUGUUGCUAGCAACGUGUUCAAGAGACAAGAGUGUAUGGAUUUGGGAAACAGAUGAGAUGGGUGAAGAAUAUGAAUGUGUCAGUGUUUUACAGGAACAUUCACAAGACGUGAAGCAUGUAGUGUGGCAUCCAUCGAUGAAUUUAUUAGCAAGUUCCUCCUAUGACGAUACCAUCAGACUAUGGAAAGAAUAUGAUGAUGAUUGGGAAUGUGUUGCUGUAUUAACAGGUCAUGAAGGUACUGUAUGGUCAUCUGAUUUUGAAACUAGUGAUAAUGAACAAGAUAUCAGAUUGGUCAGUGUUAGCGAUGACUCUACUGUUCGUAUAUGGAAAUAUGUCGAAGAAGAUGAUGAAAAUGAUGGUCAGCAGGUAUGGAUCUGUCAGUCUACUCUACCAAAAGUACAUUGGAACCAAGUAUAUAGUGUUGCUUGGAGUCCCAUGAGUGGGAUGAUUGCCACCAGUGGGUCAGAUGGUACUUUGGCAAUAUAUAAAGAGACUGUGAAAGGUAGUGGAUCAUGGGAGGUAGUGGCACAGAAGCAAUUAUGCCAUGGGGUCUAUGAGGUAAAUAUUGUCAAAUGGAUAGAUGUAGAUGGACAGGAACUUAUUGCUACUGGUGGUGAUGAUGGUAGCGUUAAUGUUUGGAAUUUUAAUAUUUGA